AUGGCAAAUUCUGUCCCUGUGAAUUCUUGUGGAAACAGAACUUCACACUCUCCCGAGUGGCUCCAGAACUGGAUCCAAGGGACCUACUGCUUCGCCAUGGACCAUAAUGAUUUCCACAGAAACCUCAUUGUUAAUCUGGGUCUUUUUGCAGUAGGAAUUUGGGUAGCCAGAAAUUUAAUGGAUAAUGAUUUGAUGGCACCUCAGCCUGUUGCAUAG